CAUGGCAUGCACACAACUGUGUCCUUGUGUGCAUAUUUAAAUAGCAUCCAACUCGUCUCUGUGUGUGAGAGAGAGAUGACCAUGGGAUGCAGGAGCAGGAGCAGCAGCAGCAGCAGCGGUGGCCAUGGGCAGCUCGUGUGGCUGCUCCUGCUUGCGUGCUCAUGGGUUGCAGCUGCUCAAGCUCAGCAAGCACCAAGAACCGAUCCGAUUGAAGUGGCGGCGCUGAACACGAUCCUGGGGCGAUGGGGCCGGCGCGCGUCGUCGGCGUGGAACAUCAGCGGCGAGCCAUGCAGCGGCGUCGCCGUCGACACCACCGACGUCGACAACAACCCCAGCAUCAAUCCGGCCAUCAAGUGCGACUGCUCCUUCAACGUCUCCACCGUCUGCCACAUCACCAAGCUGAAAGUGUAUGCCUUGAACGUUGUCGGUCAGAUACCUGCGGAGUUGCAGAAUCUCACCUAUCUGAAUAACUUGAACCUCAUGCAAAAUUAUUUGACAGGUCCCCUGCCAUCAUUUAUUGGAAAAUUUACUGCCAUGCAGUACUUGUCUGUGGCAAUCAAUCCGCUCUCAGGACCACUUCCAAAGGAGCUUGGGAAUCUUACAAAUCUCAUCUCAUUGGGCAUUAGCUUGAACAAUUUUACCGGCGCACUUCCUUCUGAACUGGGCAACUUGGCCAAACUGGAGCAACUGUACUUUGAUAGCUCUGGCUUCAGCGGUCCAUUCCCUUCGACGUUCUCAAAGCUUAAGAACUUGAAGAUCCUGUGGGCAUCCGACAACGAUUUCACAGGCAAAAUACCUGAUUUUAUCGGGAGCUUGACUAAGUUGCAAGAUCUGAGGUUCCAAGGAAAUUCUUUUCAAGGCCCAAUCCCAGCAAGUCUGUCCAAUCUAACCAACUUGACAAUCUUACGGAUUGGUGAUCUUGUAAAUGGAAGCUCUUCAUUGGGCUUUAUCAGUAACCUGACAUUAUUGAACGUCCUAAUAUUGAGGAACUGCAGGAUAUCUGAUAAUCUUGCAACAGUAAACUUUUCUAAUCUUGCAGGAUUAACCUUACUGGACUUGAGUUUUAACAAUAUCACAGGCCAAAUUCCUCAAUCCAUCCUGAAUCUGGAAACGCUUGGGUUCUUGUUUCUCGGGAAUAAUAGCCUUUUAGGAAGCCUGCCUGAUGAAAAAAGCCCUUCACUAAACAAUUUAGAUUUUUCGUACAACCAGCUCUCGGGUAGCUUUCCUUCUUGGGCUACCCAGAACAAUUUGCAAUUGAAUUUGGUGGCAAACAAUUUCGUUCUUGGUCGCAACAACAACAGCAUUUUACCUUCAGGCCUAAACUGUCUCCAGCAAGAUAUUCCUUGUUUCCGUGGUUCUCCAGAAUAUUUUUCUGUUGCGGUAGACUGUGGCAGUAAUAGAUCUAUGAGGGGCUCAGACAAUACUUUUUACGAUAUUGAUCCUACCAAUAUUGGAGCUGCAUCAUAUUAUGUUACCGGUCGAACAAGAUGGGGUGUUAGCAAUGUAGGAAAAUUCAACGAGGCGCCAAAUGGAAGUUACAUAAUUUACAGCUCCAACCAGUUUCAGAAUGCACUGGAUUCAGAAUUGUUUCAGACUGCAAGAAUGUCACCAUCAUCUCUGAGGUACUAUGGCAUUGGACUUGAGAAUGGAAAUUACACUGUGGAGCUUCAGUUUGCAGAGUUUGCUUAUCCAGACACGCAGACUUGGCAAAGCACGGGAAGGAGAGUUUUCGACAUAUAUGUCCAGGGUGAUCUGAAAGAAAAGAACUUCGACGUGAGGAAGACGGCUGGUGGAAAAUCUUAUACUGCAGUGUAUAACAGAUACAAUGCAACUGUGUCCAAAAACUUCCUUGAGAUCCAUCUCUUCUGGGCUGGCAAGGGAACCUGUUGCAUUCCUACUCAAGGAUACUACGGACCGAUGAUUUCUGCAUUUAGCGUGACACCAAAUUUUACUCCUACUGUGCGAAACGGUGUUCCCAAAAAGAAAAGUAAAGCAGGUGCAAUUGCAGGAAUUGUGAUUGGUGCUUCAGUAUUAGGACUAGCAGCCCUAGCUGGAAUCUUUAUGUUGGUACAGAAGAGAAGAAGAGUUGCACUGCAGCAAGAAGAGCUUUACAACAUGGUCGGAAGACCAAAUGUCUUCCGUAACGCUGAACUGAAGUUAGCUACAGACAAUUUCAGUCCUCAAAACAUUCUUGGAGAAGGCGGAUAUGGGACAGUUUAUAAGGGUAAGCUACCUGAUGGAAGGGUAAUAGCUGUGAAGCAACUUUCUCAAACAUCUCAUCAAGGGAAAAGGCAGUUUGUGACAGAAGUGGCAACAAUUUCUGCCGUGCAACACCGGAAUCUUGUGAAGCUGUAUGGUUGCUGCAUUGACAGUAACACCCACCUACUGGUCUAUGAGUACCUUGAGAACCGAAGCCUCGAUCGAGCACUCUUCAGGGACAGUAGCUUGAACCUGGACUGGCCAACGCGCUUCGAGAUCAUUUUAGGCAUCGCAAGAGGCCUAACUUAUCUUCAUGAAGAGUCCAGUGUGCGCAUCGUGCACAGGGACAUCAAAGCCAGCAAUGUCCUACUCGACACCGACCUCACCCCCAAGAUCUCUGAUUUCGGGCUCGCCAAGCUCUAUGAUGAGAAGAAGACUCAUGUCAGCACCAAAAUAGCUGGCACAUUUGGCUAUCUGGCUCCUGAAUAUGCAAUGAGAGGCCAUCUGACUGAAAAGGCCGAUGUUUUUGCAUUUGGGGUGGUCGCACUGGAGACUGUCGCCGGCCGGUCAAACACCGAAAAUACCCUGGAGGAAGACAAGAUCUAUCUCUUUGAGUGGGUCUGGGAGCUGUAUGAAAGGGACCAUGCACUUGGCAUCUUGGACCCAAGGCUUGAAGAAUUCGACAAUGAGGAGGCCUUAAGAGUCAUCCACGUCGCACUCCUCUGCACGCAGGGCUCACCUCACCAGCGGCCACCGAUGUCUAGGGUCGUGGCGAUGCUCACUGGAGACAUUGAAGUGACUGAGGUGGUGACGAAGCCAAGCUACAUCACUGAGUGGCAGCUCAGGGGCGGCGAUACCAGCUACGUUACCACUGACUACUCUGGAGAUACAACCGGUGAGUUCAGCGCGCAGAGGGAGACCAUUGUGCCUCUAACUCCACCACCGGCGAUCACUGGAGUUAGCGACGGGGGAAGGUGAUUGCAGGCUGCUACUAGUUUUAAUAUGAACUGCGAAUCAUCGUGCAUAAUUGGAUGUUCAUGUGAAAUGUGGCAGACAAAAUGAUAUGCUAGAUUUCUUUCUUUCCUUUUUCCCUUUUGGCGAGGUGUAUGCUAGUAUUUGAUUGAUAAAGCGUUAUACGCUGAGAAUGUUCUCAGGUUGAUAAUGCAGUGUUCUUUUCAUA